UUUAGGAUAAGCAGAACCAACUUCGGACAUAAGGAAAGCGCGACUGUAUGAUUGAGUGGGCUGUCAACGAAUGUGUAUUUAACAGUGUGUGUGAAACGUAAAACAGAUCCUUAUACGGUCAGAGGGGAGAAAAUUGUUUAAAAAACUAGUAAGACAGUUUAUCGUUAAGCUAUUCUCGUUGUUUUAGCCAAUCGUUUUACAACGAGAGCAAAAGAGUUUUCGCAAUGGAUACAUUAAUUCAACAAAAAGUAAUUGAGGUGGCUAAUCAAGUGGAGAAGCAGCUUGAUGCAGAGUUGGAAAAACUUGAUAAUUUGGAUAUAGAUGACAUAGAAAAAUUACGCGAAAAACGGCUGAGGGAUAUGAAAAAGCUUCAGCAACAAAAGCAGACUUGGCUGUCUUUGGGUCAUGGCGAAUAUACUGAAAUUCCCGACGAAAAAGAAUUUUUUGAGGUUUCCAAAAAAUCGAAGAACAUUGUAUGUCUUUUCUAUAAAGAUGAUUCACCAAGAUGUAAGAUUGCAGACAUGCACUUGAAAAUCUUAGCAAAGAAACAUGUUGAGGCCAGAUUUUGCAAACUUAAUGUUGAACGAUGUCCUUUCCUAACAGAACGCUUACGCAUCAAGAUCAUUCCUACUAUAGCUCUUAUCUCUGAUAGUAAAACAAAGGAUUAUAUUGUAGGAUUCACAGACUUGGGUAAUUGUGAUGAUUUUUCCACAGAAAUGUUGGAAUGGAGGAUUGCUCAAUCAGGAGCAAUAACAUACAAUGGAGAUCUAAUGCAUCCACCAGAAGUAACAAAGAAGUCCAGGAUUUCUCAAGUACCAAAAGGAAAGACUAUUCGUGGAAAGGACUCAGAUGAUUCUGACGAAGAUUUAAAUUAAACAGCAUUAUUAGCAAACAAUAUACAACAAUUACAUACCUGUAAUGUUAAAAGAUUACACUCAGUGAUACAAUAGUUAUAAAAUCCCUGAUAUAUAUAUAACUAUUACAUUUCUGAAUGGGACCUUUCAACAUUGUGUAAAUGUAACUAUUAUAUAUUGUUCACUGAGUUAUUUCUUUAUGUACUUGCAAAAAUACUUUGGGCGCUGAUUUGCCAAUCAUUCAUAUUUGUAAUUUAUGAAUUUAUAUAAAAUUUUUAAAAAGGCAGAAUAAUUCCAUGAUAGUAUGUCAUUCAUAAAUUAAUAAAUGGAAUAAAAAAACUCAUACGAGUUUAAGUUCUAA